AUGUCACCCAGUGAUGAACGCCAAGUGGUGACCAACGAAGCACUAAACAUGCUAGAAGUUUAUCUGAAUUUCGAGUCUCUAGAUGAUGCUGUCAUGGAAGAGGAGGUGUGUGAUAUAGCUGUUCAAGGCGACACAAACGCUAUUCCCGAUUUCGUUCCGGUUACUAAUUCACUACGGAAAAAGUUCGCAUUAGGUGAUCCGCUGAAUCGGGCCCGAAAAAGCUUGGCUGGAUUAGCGCGUCCAGUUAAAUUGUCCAACGACCAUUGUGCUCUUUGUGGUACGGAUGUGAGUGAAAUACGUCGAAAAUCGAGAUCGGCUCUGAGCGCCCAGUGUUCGCCAGAACGGCUAAUUCCACUGGAGACGCGGCAUUCGUUACCUUUUGGCUGUGAACGUUUACUUCAAACCGGGAGGCGUCGUACAACAUGCGAUCAGGAUCAAAAUAACCCAGUUUUUGUCUUCUGCCAUACUGAGGAACCGUCAGAUACAGAAGAACUGGUCUCUCCAUGCCCUCUGCCCGUAAUAGAACUUCCUCCGUUGGACAGUCAACCUCAACCUGUUUGCGACAAAGUUGAAGGUUCUGAUCCGUUCCAACGUCAACAGAGUUCCUUCUCGAAUUCCGCUAGCCUCGGACAAUACAGCCUACCUGCGUUGGAUGUUCCCUCUCGCACUCCGUCACAGCUGAAAGCACACAGUUUGGUUCAAAAUGCUCUCACUCCGCGAGGAGAUGGUCCACCGGGGUGGGUGAUGCGCAGUCAUAGCGCGGGGAGUAAUGUACUACAGAAACAAAACCUCAUCCAACCCGGUGUACACUGGCCGCCACAGUUUGAUUCUGUCGAUUCGGCUUAUUCGUACACGCGCUGCGAAAGCGUGCAUUCAGCACCCGGGGAUGCACGCAAUAAUGUCAAGCCUUCUAAAGUCAAGCGUGAUUCAACACGAAAGUGGUUUCGUUUUAGUCUCUCGAAAAUUCGCCGCAAAUCCUCUCGACCAUCCGAUCAUCCACGAGACUCACAAGGUUUUGACGUCAUUCCGAAUUCAACUGAGGAUUCAGUGAAUGAAGGAAUUCCAGCCACACAAAAGCAGUCCAGACCUUCCCGUCCGAACCUCGGAUUGGAUUCUCUGCUUCAUCUCAUCCCGCGCUGGUUUCGCGGGCAGGAUAUGAGUCCGGACCCGUAUGUUGCUCCCGGAUUUCCGGUUCGUCUUCGGCGCUCUAUGUUUCGAAAUGUCUCGCGACGUAAGCGGCGUAAAGCGUGUGAGCAAACAAUAGAGAAGACAAUGACUGAUGGAAAGAGUACCAAACGAGUGCCUCAGUUGUCACCUAUUUACAUUCCGGAUCGUCUAAAUGAGCGUUGUACUCGGGUAAGAGAAGAUUGCACUGCUCCAAAUGGCAUACCGUCAACCCCACAAGUCAACAGUCCCGCCCCAAAUGGUUCCAUUGGUGAUCUAGCCGGUUCCAAUAGACUUACCUCGCCCACUGUUCUUUCCGAAGUUUCUCGUCUGUACGAAGAGAUUAUACAUACUGCCGAGGGUGGUAGGUUGGGUGAAUCUACAGUGCAGCUGUGGCGCAGCGUGACUGAUCAGGCAGUGACCACAGAUAGUAUACCGGUUUCCUAUACUUCCUUUGCACAUGCCUAUCCAAUAUUCAUCCAAAUGCACACUGUUUCUGCGAAAACCGGUUAA